AGAAAACAGAUAGCAAUAUAUAAUUUAAGUAUCUUACAGCUGGAAUGGGACAAAGGAAGAAAUUAAAUAAAUAAAUAAAAAACAGUAAAUAUAUAUUUUCCCGUUAAUGUGUUCGAAUGUGUCGCAUGGAUCCACUAAUAAACGUUUUAACAGUUUAUCUGUGGGUAACUGGUAUUGUGAGGUGGAUUUGGUGCUGCGUGCUGCUCUGCGCGUGGCCGAGCUCCUCAGUCUGAGGCGCGUGAAUGCACGAGUACAUAGGCAUUAUCUUCAGUUCAGUUUCAUCGGCAAUAUACAGAAUGCGGAGGUGAAAACGGACGGUCUCGCCGAUCGAGGCACAGAUCCUUGACGCUUAUAUGCUGGUAUUACACCAGUUAGUAUUAUUUUUCUCAUCUGAAAGCUGUUCCUGGGCGAGAAUCACGCAUGCAUUCAAACAGAGGAUUAUCGCGGAGGAACUGCCUCGAAACCAUGAGCUGCAGUUGGGGGACGGAGCUGUGGGAUCAGUUUGAUAAUUUAGAGAAACACACUCAGUGGGGCAUUGAGUUUUUGGAACGCUACACCAAGUUUGUGAAGGAACGGUCAGAAAUUGAACUGAGCUAUGCUAAACAGAUCAGGAAUCUGUCCAAGAAGUACCAGCUCAAGAAGAACUCUAAAGAGGAGGAGGAAUUCAAGUACUCCACAUGUAGAGCGUUUCUUAUGACUUUAAAUGAGCUGAACGACUACGCGGGUCAACACGAGGUCAUCGCCGAAAACCUAUCCACUCAGAUAAUCGCAGAGUUGAGCCGCUACACUCAAGAACUGAAGGCUGAACGGAAAUCGCAUUUCCAUGAUGGCCGCAGAGCGCAACAAUACAUUGAGAAUUCCUGGAAGCAGCUGGAAUCGAGUAAGAGAAGAUUUGAGCGAGACUGUAAGGAAGCAGAUCGUGCUCAGCAUUACUUUGAUAAGAUGGACGCUGACAUUAACGUGACUAAAGCAGAUGUGGAAAAGCGGUGUUCUCUCAAGGCGAAACAGCAAGCUCACAUGAGGCAUCAGAUAGCAGAGGACAGUAAAAACGAGUACCUGACCUACCUGCAGAAGUUCAACAAGGACCAACAUGAGCACUACUACACACUUAUACCACAUAUCUUUCAGAGGAUACAGGAGAUGGAGGAGAGGCGGGUGGGCAGGGUAAGGGAGAGCAUGCGGGUGUACACCGAGGUCGAGCGUAAAGUAUUGCCCAUCGUCAGCAAGUGUCUGGACGGCAUGACCAAGGCAGCUGAAUCCAUCGAGCCUAAAAUGGACAGUAAGCAAGUUGUAGAAUCAUACAAGUCGGGCUUUGAGCCGCCGGGUGAUGUGGAGUUUGAGGACUACAGCGUGUCGAUGAAGAGGGCGGUGUCAGAAUCCAGCUUCCUGAACGCACGCGGAGAGAGCAGACGCCGGAGCAGGAGCAAACUGUGGCCUUUACUCAAGAGAAAUAAGCUUAUGUCUUUGUUAGCAUCGCCCCGCCAGCCCCCUCCCCCUCCCCCCACAUCCCCGUCCCCGGACGGCCUCCUCAACGGCCCCCAGUCCCCACAACAACACAAGGAGCCGCUCAGCCAGCGCCUCAACGACUUCAUGGGCACCAAACACAAAAUGCACUGCCUUCGAAGCCUGAAACGUGGGCUUUCUCUAAAGCUGGGAACAGGCCAGGAGGACUACAGUCAUCUGCCCCCUGAGCAGAGGAGGAAGAAACUACAAGCCAAGCUCAAUGACAUAAACAAGGACAUCCAGAAAGAGAUGGAUCAGAGGGACGCCCUGACUAAAAUGAAAGAUGUUUACAUUAAGAAUCCUCACUUGGGGGAUCCAGACAGUAUAGAUCCACGGUUAGAAGAAAUCACACAAAGCUUGGAAAAAAUGCAGCUUGAGGCACAUAAAUUUGAGGGCUGGUUGACGGAGGUGGAGAGGAAGUUACUUGAAAAGGGAUCCGAGUCUCAGAGAAGACAGAGCGGUCAUUUUGACUCGCAGGGCAACACGCCUCUUACAAACAACUACGGUCAAAACCGAGAGAGUCCGGAUGGCAGCUACACGGAAGACCCCAGCACAGAGACCACCAUGCAGUUCAAAUCUCGCAGUACUGAGUUCGAUGACGAAUUUGACGACGAGGAGCCUUUACCCACCAUUGGAACAUGCAAAGCACUUUAUCCAUUUGAAGGUCAGAACGAAGGUACCAUAUCCAUGGCUGAGAGUGAGAUGUUAUACGUAAUUGAGGAGGAUAAGGGUGACGGUUGGACCCGAGUCCGCAGAAACGAGGACGAGGAAGGAUACGUGCCCACAUCCUACAUCAAACUCUUUUUGGACAUGAAUGCCAAAGGUGCUAAGACAUACAUAUAAUCCCACAACACUUAACACCCAGAACGCUGUUUAACUGUACAUACAGUAGAGCAUCAUGAAAACGUUAACAGAGGAAGCAGACAGUAGCGCUCUUCCUGUUUUUACAAGAUCAAGAUGCCAUGUGUCAUUUCUCUCUUUUGGUCCUUAUUUACGUUUUUUCAUUAUUGCUCCCUAAGACCUUAUCAGGGUUAAACAGGUUCUGCUUCCUUAAUGAUACAAGUGAAUUAGGCAAUAAAGACAAGGUGCUGUGUCAUUUUGAUAUAUAUGAUGGAAAUGGAUGUUUUACCAACAUAUCAUGUUCAUAUUUAUCAUUAUAGCUUGGUUAGCUUUAUGGAGGUUUUCUGCAAUAACCAAGAUAUGUAGAUACUCAUGUUCAUGUUUUUAAUGAUCUACAAACAAUCAGAUUCUUUUAGAUUAAGAAUGAAAUGAUUAGAAAAUGUCAAAAGCAAAUAUUCUAAAACCUUCUGGCAAUAAAAAAUAAUCUCUUACUAACAUUUUUGACCUUAAAGCUACAGAAUAAGUAGCAAUCCUGCAUUUUAAAUAUAGUCAAAUGUGUUUUUAAAUUAUAAUAAUUUUUUAAGACUUUAAAAAUCUUUUGCUUUUGAGAGAUGGAAUAGAAUAUUUUCUCAGGUAUGUUUACUUUGGUCUACAUCCUUGAACCUCAACAAAUCCUUAAUAAACAGGAUUUGUUUUCUUUCCCCACAUUUAAUUGCAAUGCAUAUCAUUAAAUGUGAAGAGAUUAAGUAAUUAAUGCAUGCAUCUUUGAGACUUCUGCUAGCUUUGCAUUUACUGCUGUAAAAUAAAAAGAAAAAAAGAACACCUUUAGAAGUAAAAAAACCCAUAGUUAACGCGAUGCCUUUCAGUGUAGUGAGCACUGAAGCAAUAAUUCAAAAGAUGCAUGUUAUUCACACACUGACCAGCAUGGAAAACUAACAGUUAACGUGAAGUUAAAUAAAAAAAAAAUUCCAGGUGGUCAUCGCAGUGUGUAUUAGAAAAGCUUACAGCAGGAAUACCGCUCUAUAUGCAUGCUAUAAAACCAGACAGGCUAUUUAUUGCUGCUUAUCAGAUUCAUCAUUUGUCCAUAGCUUUAUCAGCAGCUGUUAAAUAUGCUUGACAGUGUCGCGAGCUAAAUAUAUGAAGAAUUUUGUAUGGUUUUAUACUGUCCCUGUCUUUAAUUCUCACUUCAUAGUGGGGCUGCGCUCUGACAUUGAGCUUCCCUGGUUUACUGAACGUUUUUAACCCAUUACUGUCUGUGAAUCAACGAUUGUACAGGAGUUCUUGUGCAACAUCUCUAACAUGUCUUGUGUGAUUUUUUUUAUUUUUUUAUUCUUUUUUGUUUUUUGUUUCUGUUCCUUUCUUUGCAGAUCCCUAAAAGUGUUUGGCUGGCACAGGAGUGGCAGGGCAAGCGUCCUUGCGUGAAACGUCCUCCUCUUGUAACUCUAAAUGGGGGACUAACUGAAAGGAUAUUCCAUUUUUAAUGCAACCACUUACACUGAACCCUCUCGUCUGCCAUAAGAAUGCAAACUGAUCUUUUUCAUGACUAGCGUGUUGAUUAUUUGCAAAAGCUUGCUUCUCGUAUGGACCUAGAGUAUUUAGCCUUGUGCCGUAGCUGCUUGCCGUCAGAGCCGAGCCUUUAGGUUUGUUUGCUGAGGCACAGAGUAAGUGCCAUGUACAUGUCUUGUUAUUGCCUGGCUUGCUUCCGAGCCAAGAGGAGUUUCUCAUGAAGACAUUAGACUUAAUUAAUAUUUGUCAGUGCAGACUGUUCAGUUAUGUGAAAAAUGGGACUCAUUUUAUACAUCAUAGGCUAGCAGUUUUUUGUUUUUUUUUUCAGUUAUUAUUACAGUGUUUGCGAGGCGGCAGUGUAUUUAAAUCCUGCUUUUAUUCUUCUUUUUUUCACAUAGAAAUGUAAAAUAAGCGUUUUUUUUGCUAUGAUUAUGAUUAUGUUUAAGUCAGGGAUGGACAUACCAAAAGGCUUGUCUUUUUGCAAUUAGGUAUGCUAUUGUUCAAAAGAUUUGGGUCGGUAAGAUUGAAAAAAAAAAAAAGUAAAAAUUUAUUCAGCAAGCAUUAAAAGCAAUGCUUUGAAUUGAUGAUAGGCGACAGUAAAGAUGAAAUUGAAAUGUUUUUAAAAAAUCUCAAAUAAAUGUUGUGCUUUUGUAAUUUAAAGAAUCCUGAGUGUAAAAAUAUACCAUGGUUUACACAAAAAAAUUAUUAAUAAUAAUUUAAUAUAAUAUUAAAUGUUUCUCAAGCAGAAGAUCAGCAUUUUAGAAUGAUUCCCGAAAGAUCAUGGGGGACUAAAAACUAUAAGGAUGCUGAAAAUUCAGUUUUGCAUCGUAGGAAUAAAUUACGUUUUAAAAUACACAUACACACACACACAAAAAAAAAGUCUUAAAAAUUGUAAUAAUAUUUCACAAUAUUACUGUUUUUUUUAAUCAAAUAAUCCAGGCUUUGAAAGCAUAUAGACUUUUUUCAAAUCACUAAAAAAAAAAAAUCAUACAAACCCUAACUGACAAUAGAAUGUUUAAAAAAAAUUAUAAAUAGACAGCGAAUGUGAUUUAUAUUAUUUGCAUACUGAAUUAUUUCUUUUCAAGCUAUAAUUUUACCUUAACACUUUUGCUGCCUUGCAAGCGCUGGUAUUUCCAUCAUUAUUAUUAACAUGAUGAUGAAUGCAUAAUCAUCCCCUACAUUUUGUGUGAGGUGCUGUUGUAGAUGAAUAGGCAGGUGAAGCGGUAAGCAUCUUUUCUGGUUCUCUUACCUCACUCACUCAUUCACACUUUCUUCCUGCGAUGUACACACACGCCACAGCUGCUCUCUUUCUCACCUCCUCUUCUGUUUCUCUUACCAUCGCGGUCUCAAACUCUCUCUUUUUGCCUCAUCUCUCUCAGGCAUAUUUUCUCUUUCUCCUGUUUUCUGGAUCUGCCCUGUUUUGACGGGCUGAAAUGAGUGUUUCACAGAUUAAUUUAAUCACAUCUGAAUAAAAAACAAAAUCCAAUAAAAAAAAAAACACAAUUAAUUUUUUUUUAGCUAAUUUGGUAAAUCUAAUCUAAACAGCUAAACAGUGUGAAAAGAAAAGGCCACACACUUUCACUGCAAACUAAAACUAUGUGGGAUUUAUUUGCACUUAGAAAAUACUAAGAAAUGGCAAUUGAAUUGUAUGGGAUUUUUUUUUUAAAGAAGAACGACUGAAAUAAUUGAUUUUUUUUACGGUGUACUCUGAAAAUAGUAGUGAAUGUGUGCAUAAUAUGUUGAACACAGAAUGGCAAAAUGUUUCUUGUCUCGCCACAUUCAGCUAUAAGUUUCAUGAAUCAUUUAAAUGUUUCUUCCAAAACACAGUCAAAUUUGAAAGUCCAGUCAUUUGCAUCACAGGAUAUUACUGCUGUUUGUUUUACAUUUCUAUCAUAAAACAUUAAAACUGUCAAGAUAUGAAAUAUUUAGCUACUUACAUCUUUAGCUGCUUAGUUAACUCGCACUCUUUCACCCAUAAAACUGAAGCGUCACACUGUAAUUCUCAUUCAGCAUCUGUGAAAGUAAAGCCUGCCUGCUUUGAUUUGAUAUUAGACUGCUGAUUUUUUUUCUUCAUCCUAACAACAAACUCUCUCUUUUCCUUUCGUUCUGUCUCUCUCUCUCUCUCUGUGGCUGUGUGUGGUGUAGCUGUAGUGGUCCAGUAGAUGUUGAUGGUGGUCCUCAGCUGGUGCUGUGUUUGGACGCAUGCAUGCUUGCCCUGUCUCUGUGUGUGUGCCAGUCUUAGGGGGUCCAACUCUCCAUAAAGUUCAAGCCUUCGGUUUCUGACGGUUGAACUUAAGCUUUUUAAAUUGUGUUUGUGCCUGUUUUUAUUUUUUCUCUCUCUCCACUUUUAUCUUCUUAAGUGUUUUAUUUCUUUUGGAAAAUAUAUGCAUGGUCUUGUGUCUACACAUCCCCCCUAAGCUAUUCUUUUAAAUCGUUCACACAGUUUUAGAUUCUUUUGUUGAUUCUCUGAAUGAUUGCUAUCCAGGGUCCAAGAUUAACAAUCACAAAGCCCACAUCCAUGGCUUUGGGGAUUAAAUAAAAUGUUAUUUACCUGUUGGCUGGUGUUUAAUGGGUUAAGUUUCUAAAAUGUGCUGGUUUUAAGUUAUUUAUUUGUGAUUCAAAGACUGAUAAAUGCUUGAUUUUGUAACCCAUAUUACUAAGAUUUCUCUUUUCUUCUAGUACUGUUUUAUAUAUCUUGCACCAAAAUAUAAGAAACCAAAUCACAAGUGUUCAUUGUUGUAGUUUUUACAAUGAUCUGCCCUUUCUGUCAAUAUAAAAUGGGGCUUAAUAACUGCAUUGUCAUAAGAAGAAAAAUGUACUGUGAAUAAAAAUAUUGUAAAAUAGAGUAUGUUAGCAAAUAAGACAGGUAAAAUCUUUGAGUUGUUAAUUUUGGACCCUGUCAAUAUCAUUCUGAUUUCAUUUUUGAUGUUAAACACAAGUAUUUACCUCAUUCAGGAUACAUUUGGGCUGCUCUUCAAUAAUAGGUUCUGAAUGUGACGAAUCUCGUCAUAUGGGUUCAUGAAGAAACACUACCGCAGAGCUGAAAUGUCUGUGUUUUUCUGUAUAUUGUGCUAUAUUUGAACUUGCUGGAUCCCUUCCUUCGAAGACCUCAUUAACAUAAAACUGCCAAAUCAAGUGUGAAAGGCUUGUGACUUUCUUGCAAAUGCUAACCAGUAUAAUAGACAUUGAGAUGAGUUUUAUUUCAGUUCAAUUCCAAUCAUUCAUAUUGUAAAAGUCAAAAUUGUAUGUCUGUCAAACUGGGCAAUUUUUAUGUAGAAGUUUAACAAAUUAAAGGUCAUUUUAAAAUGGU